GUCAGAUUUCAAUUUUCUAUGUCCGCGCAGACAACUCCAACAGCUUAUGGCGCCACCGAGCCUCUUGUCGGUGGCCCCAAUGGCGUACCACUAGCUCAUGAACUCCAAUGGAAGGCCGGCGUGUUUGGCUGCUUCACCGACUGCUGGCCCAACUGCGCCAUGGCGUUCUUCUGUCCAUGCGUGUCACUUGCCCAAACGCUUCACCGAGUCGGCGUGUAUUCGUACACGGUGGGCCUCCUGGUGUUCGGCGUCCUGUAUGCGUUGAUGGGCAUUUCCGAUUAUAUCCAAUUCACUCGCAACGUCGAUGACAACGACGACAUGUGGGGACCGGCCGACUCCUGGGCCACGGUGUACAUAUUGUUGGGAGCUGUGAACGUGAUUCUGGUCAUGCGCGUCCGUGCCGCGGUGCGAGAUCUGCAACACAUUCAAGGCGGUUCAGUCUGCGAAGACUUUUGGUGUGUGUUGUGCUGCCAGUGCUGCAUCAUUGCGCAACUGGCGACCGAAGUGCAUGCAUACGACAAGGGCGAGUGCCAAUUUGGCCCGAAGGACUCGCUGCCAGGCUACGUUGUGUAGCACCAGCAUAUUUCGAUUUUCAUGAAUGUUCGCUUUGCUACUAGAAUCAUUCGAUGAAGUUGGUUUUGCAUAGUCAUCGUACAGCAUGCUCACACGUGAAGUGUGCGAAACGUAAGGAUCUACAUGUAAUAGAAGAUACUAUUUAGCCCUUAAGUGCACCCA